UUUCAUAACAUUUUUUUUGUUAUUUGUUAAACAAGCAUGCUUUUUUGUACGACUUGCCGGGUAUUUUAGAAAUAGUUGAUGUUAUUCACUUGGGUUUGUCUAUAAGUGUUAUUUCGUAAAGUAUUCAGUUAUAAAACAUGCCAACUACUCGUAAAAAAGUAAUCAAAACCGUUUACAAAGAUGAGAACGAUAGCGAGCCCGAGACAGGAGAUUUUAGCGACUCGGGGUCCGAUGCCAAAAUAACUGACGUCUCCAGCUCCGAGGACGAAGAGCAAGCCGUGUCCUCAGGAGAAGAAUUUGAAGACGAAGACCCAAAAAAUAGUAAAACAAAGAAAUCAGCACCGAGAAGAAAGCCUCAAUUUGCGAAAAACUUCAUUAAAAAGAUUCGCGAUGAACCUCAGGAUGGUUCGGAUGAAAAUGCUCCUGCCAUAAAAGCGUUUUCAGUGAAGGAUUUAACUGAUGCUGAUAAGUUGCUGCCUUCGUUCCUCAACCUGUCAGAAAGUGACAGUAGUGAUGAUGAAUCUCCCAGAAAACCACCGAGUUUACCUGCCAACACCACCUUCUCUUCAGUUAAUGAUGCAGACAGUGACCAUGAAACUAAAAUGGAGUAUCAAGAUGUAUGGUCUAAAAACAUACCUGACAACAGUGAGGAGAUUGCACAAAAAACUUUCAAAGAAUUGGAAAUCCACAAAACAAAGGUUGAAGAGACAAAAGCUUCAAUCCUCAAUUACACAGCCAAGAGCUCCUCCCAGGCCUUUGAUGUGAAGGAUCUGUUGGCUCAAGGAGAGGAUGUGCUACCUGAGCCCACAAAAGUAAAGAAAAGUAAAAAAAAGAAGAAACAAAAUGACAGUGACUCAGAAAUGGAGGACUGGGAAGAGGUGAAAGAGUCAAAAGCACUACCAGCUUCCGGAUUGCAGGUGGUCGUAGACUUCCCUGACGCCGCCCACAGGAAAUCUAAAAAGAUAGACCUUGAAAUGAUGAUGAAAAGAAAAAUGAACAGAGUCAAAAAAGAGUAUCAAGUGUACAUGCAUAAAGUUCAUGUUCUGUGCUGGUUAGGGCACGGGAAUUAUGUAAGCUCAAUUCUAAAUGAUCAGGAAAUAAUGAGUGCCGUGUUAUCGUUAUUUCCUUCAAAAGAAUGCUACCCAGGUGAACGAGUUGAUGUGAAGUAUGUUGAACAGAUAACAAAAUGGUUUAAGAACAAAAUAACUUUAAUACAAGAUAGGCAUGAAAACAAGUUCAAACCUAAAGCACCGCCUCUUAAAGAUAUCCUAUUAAAAGAGAUUAAAAACAAGACGGUUUCAACAAAGAAGUUCAUGUUCUUUAUUUUUGUCAGUAUGUUAAGGGCGCUCGGCCUCCAGUGUCGAGUCAUGUUCAACUUUGUGACAUUGCCAAUCAGACCGCCCAGUUCCGAACUUUGUUCUCUUUCUACCAAACCAAAAGACGAAAAGAAGAAUGUGGAGCCUAAAAAAGAAGAUACAAAGAAAUCGGCUCAAAAAAAAGGAUGCAAAUCUAAAACAAAAUCAAAACAGAGCAUUGCACAAGUUGAUGGAAACUAUGAUAGUGACAUGGAUGUGGAUGAUAAAUAUUAUAGUGACACGAACAUUAUGCAAAUUGAUGGGAAUGAUGAUGGUAAUAUUGAAACCGCAAAAGGUCGUAAAACUAGGCGAAGUAAAGCGGCUAUAGCCUUGGAACUCACAGAAAAGGCGGAGGAUGUUUCACCACCUAAAAGAGCAAGAAGAAGUGUCACCUCAAAGUCUGACCCAUUGAAAAGUGUAUCCGAGGAUAAAACUUUACCAAAGCGAAGAAUCAGAAAAGCCAGUGAAGAUAAAGCUAAGGCCCAAGAGACAAAAUCAGUUGAAGUAGACUCUAGUAAUAAAGCUUCACCAACUCCUAAGACACUCUCUUUAAAUAGACGUGGCAAAGCUAUUAAAGAAACUAAAACUGAGACGAAAGAAAGCCAAAAUGUUAUCACAAAAUCUCAAGAAAAGUCGAGUAAAAAGACUACCCUAACUCUAAAACAACCUGAUCCUCCAAAAAAUAUUGUUAGUAACGAGAAUAACAAGGCAGUUAGUAGCACAUUCUUUGAAAGUACUAGCAAUACUACCACUAAAUCUACAACACGGAGCCGAUCAAAAACUGCCGACGUAAAAAAGGUGCAUGAUUCUAAAGAUUCUGUUAAUAAAGACACUAAAUCCAGAUCAAAGAGUGCAGGCACUCCUGAAACUAGUAAAUAUUUCAAAAACAGUGAAAAAACAACAACUAAAAGAACAAAAAAGGCAGCUAAAGAUCCAGACGAUGAGUUAAGAGUGAGUCACAGGGAUCUCGUGCCGAAGACAAAGACAUCUAAGAAUGAGGUGACUUCUACACUGAUUGCAAUCAUGAAAGACAGAAUGGAAGAGUCCAUGAAUAAUGCUAAGGUGGUUAAGAAAACGAAAACUGUAAAAGGAAAAUCAAAGAUAAACAACGGCGACAGUGACUACGAACCCGAAGCAGUGAGCGACGACGAUUUCAAACCGACCAAGAUCAGUCCGAAGCCAAGUACGAGUCGCAAGAUCGACCGUCGAGUGCUAUCGACGGACGACGAGGCGCCGAGAGACAAGACGGACGUGUGGUGCGAGGUGUUCGUCGAGGAGCUCGAGCAGUGGAUAGCUGUCGAUGUGGUGAAGGGGCUGGUUCACUGCACAAAUGAGAUUUACAGCCGAGCAACCCACCCCGUCUGCUACGUCGUCGGAUGGGACAACAACAACUACCUCAAAGACCUCACGCGGCGCUACGUGCCUCACUGGAACACCGUCACCCGCAAGCAACGCGCCGAGCCCUCGUGGUGGGACACGGCUAUUGUCCCGUGGAAGGGACCCAGGACGGCUCGGGACAGGGAGGAGGACGAAGCUUUGGACAGGAUGCAGUUAGAUGCCCCGCUCCCUAAGAGUAUUGCUGAAUACAAAAACCACCCCCUGUACGCGUUAAAGCGGCACCUGCUGAAGUACGAGGCGCUGUACCCGGCGGACGCGGCCACGCUGGGGUUCGUGCGCGGCGAGGCGGUGUACGCGCGGUCCUGCGUGCACGUGUGCCGCUCGCGGGACACCUGGCUCAAGGACGCCAAGGUGGUGAGGCUGGGGGAAAAGCCGUAUAAGAUCGUCAAAGCACGCCCCAAGUGGGACAAGCUAUCCAACAAGCUGAUAACGGACAAGCCGCUGGAAAUAUUCGGGCCGUGGCAGGUUCAGGAGUACGAGCCGCCCGUGGCCGAGAACGGCGUCGUGCCGCGCAACGCCUACGGCAACGUCGAGCUGUUCAAGGCCUGCAUGUUGCCUAAAGGCACCGUACAUAUCAAACUACCGAGCCUGAACAAAGUAGCCAAGAAGCUGAACAUAGACUGCGCCCCAGCCAUGACUGGCUUCGACUUCAACGGUGGCUGGUCGCACCCGGUGUACGACGGGUUCGUCGUGUGCCAGGAGUUCGAGGAGGUCGUCACGCAGGCCUGGCUCGAGGAUCAAGAAGAGAUGGAGAGGCGCGAAAGAGAAAAAACCGAAGCAAGAGUCUAUGGCUACUGGAAACGGCUGAUCAAGGGCCUCAUGAUCAAGGAGCGGCUCAAACUCAAGUACGGGUUCGAGGAGCCCAGCACUUCGGACAAGGCUAAGAAUUCUAAAGGGCCACGAUUUGUGACAAAGAAAAAGAAGUAAGGUUCGAAACUGAAUUGAAUACUUACUGCAGAUGGCGCCACAAUCUUAGUCCAAUCGAUGCGGGUAUAUAGACAUCAGGAUGGGGUCCCUUUGUUUCCCAUAAAGUUUUAAGUCAUAAUGUAUUGUUUGUCAUAUUAUCGUCAGUCAUAAAACUGAAACCGUUAACUUUUCAGGAUUUUCGUAAGGUAUAGAAUAUAGAUAGGUUAGGUUAGGUUUGUUUUAUGGCAAUCCUGAAAAGUUACGCGUUCCUGAGAAAAACCAAUUAUGACUAACGUAAAUUCGGACAAACAAUACAUUAUGACUUAAAACUAUUUGGGAAACAAUAGAGACCUCAUCAGGAUAUAUACAUAGUUCGGCAGGAAUCACUUGUCAUGCAGAGAGAAUCAUACUAUCUUUUUCUUAUGCUAGUAUUAUAACCCCAAAAAAAAGGGAUGAGAAUAGUUAUAUUAUCCUACUGUUACUCACAAAAGUGGUUAGUCGUGUUUUCAAAGUUUUUUUUUAAUGAUCUACAUGGAAAAAGCAUGCAUUAGGAUUGUAGAGGUCUAACCUCAUGUUAAUGAUAGACUUGAUUAUGUUUAGUUUCUAAAUACUUUAUACUGGGGAAUGAAGAAUCAUACUGUCUUUUUCUUAUGCUAGUAUUAUAACCCCAAAAAAGGGAUGAGUAUAGUUAUAUUAUUCUACUGAUACUCACAAAAGUGGUUGGUCGUGUUUUUUAAAGUUUUUUUUAAUGAUCUACAUGAAAAAGCAUGCAUUAGGAUUGUAGAGGUUUAACCCCAUGUUAAUGAUAGACUUGAUUAAGUUUAAUUUCUAAAUACUUUAUACUGGGGAAUGAAGACGUUUAUCGAUUUGGCAAUACAUAGUCGCAAUGGGAACUAUGAUAAUUUAUUGGAAAAACAGUGUCAAUUCAGUACCAUCGAUAUUUAAUUAUUAUUAUGUCACCACAAAAAAAAUGUGUAUUUCAAGAGAUUAGAUCAGUGAAAUCUUACCGCCUAUAUAUACUUUAAUUAUGGUAAUUAUGUACUAACAUCUCAAAUAUAGUUAUUAGUACCUAUAGUUAAAGUUAAGUCACUGUUUUGUUAAUUGUUUUAAGUUUUU